AUGAAGUCGAAGGUUCAUUUUCAGGAGAAAAUUGGUAACUUGAAUCGAGAUUCGGAAAAUAUUCUGACAGGUGCUUUUUGCGCUUGUUGUGAAGAGCUACCAUCAAUCAACCCGAUUUCUUCCGAGUCAUCAAACUCUAGUCCCCUCGAUCCCUUCGCAAGGGAAAGACUCGGUCUAGAAUAUGCCAUUCGAUGUGAUGAGCCUUCCAUGCUGGCAACAUAUCUUGCACUCUCUAAGGUGAACGAUGCUCUUUCCUCAAAUGCUGAGGCAAUUCUCGACUUGCUUCUGGAGCUCUCAAUAAUUCACCAUGCGGGAGGUUCAGUUCAGCACUUGGUGUCAAAAGCCUUUCCGGCAAAUGGUUUGAUAGCAGAUCAUAAUCUUCUAAACCGCAUGAUCACCAGAGUGGGCGAAGAAAACUUGUUGCACGAUCACAUGGAACAAAUUCAAACCAGACAGUCUCUCUGCGGAAGCUGCCGUGGUGGGACUUCAGAGAACACGGUUGAUCUCGCUGUUGGCCUGAUGUGUGGUGGCCAGAAAAGCACUAUCAUAGCCGUGAAUGAAUUUGGCCGCUUGCCACUUCAUUACAGUGCGCUGUGCGGCCUCAAUAUUGUGUGCCAAAAGAUUCUCGGUCAUGCGCAAGAUCAAGGACAAGCAUCAAACCUCAUCUUGUCUUUGGAUGCUCAAGGACAUAAACCAUUCUAUUAUGCGGUGGCCGAGAAUCACGUGGCUGUUGCAGAGAUGUUCCUGAGCGUCUUGAAGGUUGAAGGUCAACUCAGUGGCCAGCACGGCUUCGAUAUCGUGGGCCACAUGCAAAGCCUCCUCAAUAUUGCGAUCCGGUAUCAGUUUGACGACAUAGUUGCUCUGCUUGGAAAGUCUCAAUUCUCUGAGAUUGGUCGCGAUGAUUAUCUCAAGAUUCUGCUAGAGAUCGACAAUAAGGCAGGUUUAAACCAUUUACAAUUACCCUAUGGUUGGUCAGCGUUGACUAUCGCUUGCGUAAAGGGUCGCAAGAAGGCCGCCGCGCUCCUCCUGCAAGCUGGUGCGAGCCAGCACAUACCUGAUUACCGUGCCAAUCCGGCGGGGCUUGAUCUCUCUGUUACUUCUGAUCACACAAUUAUCAAUAUCGGAGUGUUGCAGAACGGAAAGCAGGGGAAUGGAAUCAACCCCAGGAAAGUCUCCACAAUGGACAAGUUUCUCACCGGUGUAUCACCACCGGUGGACAUGUCUGUGUCAGUAGGGAGUGGUGUGAGCCAGCUGGUGCACUUACCAAUCCUGAGUGACAUGGUAAACGAACCAUUCAUAUUCCCUAUGCACAGUUCAGACGAAGCACACCUGGUCUUCAAGUUUUACCUUCAAGGCUCGCCACGCGGGAAGAGCGAUCUGAUAUGCAGUGCUGCUACCCUACUUCGGAGUGAAGAAGAUUACCUUGGAUCAAACCGCGAAAGCCUUUUCAGGGGACGUACCAUUCGUAUUUUGGCAAAGGAUUCUUCUGAGUUGCUAGGAACUGUGACGUUCACCUUCCUGAUUGCGAAACAGCCUAUGGACCCGAAAACUUCGCCACUGAUCGACAAUUACUUCUCAGAGCAAGGAACACAACUUGUUGGUCACAGAAGUUCUGGUCAAAAUACUGUUGAUUGGAGCUAUCUUCAACUCGGAGAGAACACAAUUGAGUCCAUGCUCUCGGCCGCAAAACAAGGGGCAUCAUGUGUUGAGUUCGAUGUUCAGCUUACUCGAGUCCUUGUACCCGUCGUUUUCCAUGACUUCUCAUUGAGCAAGUCAGGUACUGAUGUGCCCAUCCAUGAUCUUACUUUCGAACAGGUAUGCAUGCCCUGA